UUUUGUUUUUGUUUGGUUCCUGAGAACUAGUUGAAAAGAGUAGCUAGCAAAGAAAGGAAGCAGAAAGUAACAUCUGUUGAGUAGUAGAAAGUAGAAAAUCACAUGCAGCAACCCCUCCUAACUGCUUUCCUUGGCCUAAGUUUUUGGUAGCAAAACAAAACACAGACAUAAGAGAGAGAGAGAGAGAGAGAGGGAAGAGGGAUUUCGUUCCAAACAGCACUGAAGAUAUGACUAAAGGAGAAGACUUUAAGCUCCUCAAAAUCCAGACUUGUGUUCUCAAGGUGAACAUCCACUGUGAUGGGUGCAAGCAGAAAGUGAAGAAAAUCCUUCAGAGAAUUGAAGGUGUUUAUCAAGUUCAAAUAGAUGCAGAACAGCAGAAAGUAACAGUUUCUGGAAGCGUUGAUUCAGAGACACUGAUCAAGAAACUGGUGAGAGCCGGUAAGCAUGCUGAGCUCUGGUUGUCUCAGAAGACAAAUCAGAACCAGAAGCAGCAGAAGAACAAUAAUUGUGUGAAGGAUGACAUCAAGAAAGGGCAGAAGCAAGGAGUGGGGAUGGUGAAGGGGCUUGAGGCAGCCUUGAAAAACCAGAAGAAAUUUCCAGCUUUUAGUUCUGAGGAUGAUGACGACUACUACGAUGAUGAAGAGGAGGAUGAUGAAGACGAUGAUGAGCUGAGGUUCAUCCGGGAGAAGGCGAAUCAGCUGAACCUUCUCAGGCAGCAAGCAGCAGCUGAUGCCAAUGCUGCUAAAAAAGGAGCUGGAGGAGCCAUUUCUCCUGCUGCUUUCAACAAUGGUGGAAAUCACAACAAUAAUGGCAAGAAAGGAGGCCCUAAUCAUCAGAAUAUGGGAAAUAAAGCUAGUCAUCAUUCAGCUGGAGGGCUUGACCAGAGAUCAAUGGCUGCUCUGAAAAUGAACAAUACCCAUCUGGGUGGUGGAGAAAAGCUCAAUCUUGGAGAUCCCAAAAGGGCUAAUGACAUUGGCACUAUGAUGAGUUUAGCUGGAUUUCACAGCAACAACAAUCCAAAUCCUGGGAAUGCCACUGUUUUGGGCAACAAUCUCAGUGGAUUUGGAGGAUCCCCUUCACCACCAGGACUUCCCAAUGGAGGUUUUGCCACUUCUGCUCAUCAAUACCCACCACCAUUGAUGAACAUGAAUGGCUUCAGCAACCAAGCUUCUCCAUUGAUGAACAUGAACAUGAAUAUGCAGGCUAGGCAUGCCUUGCAGCAACAACCCCAGAUGAUGUAUCAAAGGUCCCCUAUAGUUACUCCUAACACAGGCUAUUACUGCUACAACUAUAACAACAGCAGCAGCAGCAACAACAACUACAUCCCUCCCAAUUACUCCUAUGCCCUACCUAAUUAUUAUUACCCUGGGAAUGAUCAUUCUGCAGCUCAUAUGUUCAGUGAUGACAACACUAGCAGCAGCUGCUCAAUUAUGUAAUAGUGAUAGAUUUGUAGAGUGUUAAAAAGGCUGGAAAAAGUUCAAUUUGACCUGCAUGUCUGCUUUUACUAAGCUUUUUAGUGGUAACUCUGUAAAUUUAGUGAGCCUGCAAGCAUGUGUUCAGAAGAAGAAUGCUUGUGAACUAUUUAUUUAGAUGUAUGUUUGGCUUUA